CAGCCAGGGGACCAGAUGUGCCUGCAGGCAGGCUCCAGAGCCCCUGUGCAGCCUUCUCUGCUCCCAGCCCCCGUGGCCCCCCGGCAGCCAGCGCCAGGACGUCCAUCCCGCCAGGGUCCCAGGAGGAGCUACACACAGGAGAUUGGCGAGGAGCUGGUCAACGGGGUCAUCUACUCCGUCUCUCUGCGAAAGGUGCAGGCACACCACGGCACCAACAAGGGUCAGCGCUGGCUCGGGUGUGAAAACGAGUCAGCUUUGAACGUGUACGAGACCUGCAAGGUGCGGACGGUGAAAGCUGGCACGCUGGAGAAGCUGGUGGAGCACCUGGUGCCCGCCUUCCAGGACAGCGACCUCUCCUACGUCACCGUCUUCCUGUGCACCUACCGAGCCUUCACCACCACCCAGCAGGUGCUGGACCUGCUGUUCAAGAGCAGGUACGGUAGAUGUGAUGACCUCAUGGCCUUCUCUAGAUACAACUACAUCCUUCCUUAUUCUGAUGAAGACGGUGGACCCCAGGACCAACUAAAAAAUGCCAUCUCCUCCAUCCUGGGUACCUGGCUGGAUCAGUACUCAGAGGACUUCUGUCAGCCCCCAGACUUUCUCUGCCUCAAGCAGCUGGUGGCGUAUGUGCAGCUCAACAUGCCCGGUUCUGACCUCGAGCGCCGCGCCCACCUUCUGCUGGCCCAGCUGGAGCAUGCAGAGCUCCCAGAGCCCGAGCCCGAGGCUCUGUUGCCAGUUUUAAAACCAGCUCCAGAAUUAGAGCCAGCUCCAGCACCAACUCUAGUGCCAGCUCCAGAGCUAAAGCCGGCUCCAGCACCAGCUCCAGCACCAGCUCUGGACCUAGAGCCAGCUCUAGCACCAGAAUCAGACCCAGAGCUAGAGCCAGCUCCAACACCGGCUCCAGAACCAGAGCUCGAGCUGGCUUCAGCACCAGCUCCAACACCGGCUCCAGAACCAGAGCUAGAGCUGGUUCCACCACCAGCUCCAACACCGGCUCCAGAACCAGAGCUAGAGCUGGUUCCACCACCAGCUCCAGAACCAGAGCUAGAGCUGGUUCCAGUACCAGCUCCAAUUUCAGCUCCAGACCCAGAGCUAGAGUUGGUUCCACCACCAGCUCCAGAACCAGAGCUAGAGCUGGUUCCAGUACCAGCUCCAAUUUCAGCUCCAGACCCAGAGCUAGAGUUGGUUCCACCACCAGCUCCAGAACCAGAGCUCGAGCUGGCUCCAGUACCAGCUCCAACACCGGCUCCAGAACCAGAGCUCGGGCUGGCUCCAGCACCAGCUCCAGAACCAGAGCCGGCUCUAUCACAGACUCUAGAGCUAGAGGCAGCUCCAGGACCCGGGCCUCCCUGGCCUUCACCUGUGGCUGCAGAAAACGGUCUGAAUGAGAAGCCCCAUCUCUUGGCCUUCCCUCCAGACCUGGUGGCAGAGCAGUUCACGCUGAUGGAUGCAGAGCUGUUCAAGAAGGUAGUGCCCUACCACUGCCUGGGCUCCAUCUGGUCCCAGCGGGACAAGAAGGGCAAGGAACACCUGGCUCCCACUGUCCGUGCCACCGUCACCCAGUUCAACAGUGUGGCCAACUGCGUCAUCACCACCUGCCUGGGGGACCGGACUGUGACGGCCCGGGACAGGGCCAGGGUGGUGGAGCACUGGAUCGAGGUGGCCCGGGAGUGCCGUAUCCUCAAGAACUUUUCGUCGCUCUACGCCAUCCUGUCAGCUCUGCAGAGCAACUCUAUCCACAGGCUGAAGAAGACGUGGGAAGAAGUUUCCAGGGACAGCUUUCGAACCUUUCAGAAGCUGUCAGAGAUUUUCUCAGACGAGAACAACUACUCACUGAGCAGGGAGCUGCUCAUCAAGGAGGGCACCUCCAAGUUUGCCACCCUGGAGAUGAACCCCAAGAGAGCCCAGAAGCGGCCGAAGGAGACGGGUGUCAUCCAGGGCACCGUUCCCUACCUGGGUACGUUCCUCACAGACCUGGUGAUGCUGGACACUGCAAUGAAGGACUAUCUGUAUGGGACACUGAUCAACUUCGAGAAGCGGAGGAAGGAAUUCGAAGUGAUCGCCCAGAUCAAGCUGCUCCAGUCGGCCUGCAACAACUACAGCAUCACAGCCGAGGAGCACUUUGGGGCCUGGUUCCGGGCCAUGGAGCGACUCAGCGAGACAGAGAGCUACAACCUGUCUUGUGAGCUGGAGCCCCCCUCUGAGUUGGCCAGCAACACGCUGAAGGCCAAGAAGAAUGCGGCCAUUGUCAAACGCUGGAGCGACCGCCAGGCCCCCAGCACGGAGCUCAGCACCAGCGUCAGCUCCCACUCCAAGUCCUGUGACCAGCUCAGGUGCAGCCCCUACCUCAGCAGCGGGGACGUCACCGACUCGCUCAGCGUCCAUUCGGCCGGCUCCUCAAGCUCCGACGUGGAGGAGAGCAGCGUGAGCUUUGUCUCUGAGUCCCCCGAUGGCCAGGAGAAGAAGUUCUGGGAGUCGGCCUCCCAUUCAUCCCCGGAGACCUCGGGCAUCAGCUCGACCUCCAGCAGCGCCUCGUCCUCCUCAGCCUCCACCACGCCCGUGGCUGCCACGCGCACCCACAAGCGCUCCGUCUCAGGGGUCUGCAGCCACAGCUCCUCGCUGCCCCUCUACAACCAGCAGGUGGGCGACUGCUGCAUCAUCCGCGUCAGCCUGGACGUGGACAACGGCAACAUGUACAAAAGCAUCCUGGUGACCAGCCAGGAUAAGGCCCCAGCCGUCAUCCGCAAGGCCAUGGACAAGCACAACCUGGGCGAGGACGAGGCGGAGGGAUACGAGCUGGUGCAGGUCAUCUCUGACGACCGCAAGCUGAAGAUCCCGGACAACGCCAAUGUGUUCUACGCCAUGAACUCUACUGCCAACUAUGACUUUGUCCUGAAGAAACGGUCCUUCACAAAGGGGGCAAAGGUCAGGCAUGGUGCCAGCUCGACUCUUCCUCGCAUGAAGCAGAAGGGGCUCAGGAUUGCCAAGGGCAUCUUCUGACUCGUCCCGGUGCUGGCCCGCCACAGGACCACUGUCUCAGGGGCCGGCUGGCUGGGGCACAGAGCGCUUCCAGACUCCGUGAGCUGGAAGCACCUAAGGCAGCAAGGGGUCCACGGGAGGCCACGUCAGCCUGUGGAACUGCAGGCGUCAAUCCCGGCAGCGGGAGAGGGUUCAGGGUGAAGGCCAGCUCAGGCCACCCGCAGACUCACUUCACCCUGAACCCUCUCCCGCUGCCGGGAUUCAGGCCUGCAGUUCGACAGGCUGACCUGGCCUCCCGUGGACCCCUCGCCGCCUUAGGUGCCUUUUGCUCUCCGGAACCCUUGACUUUGGCCAAGGAGCGCUGGCAGUGGGCAUGGAGCCCUACACGCCGCCGGGCAGUGCCCUCUGUGCGCCUCCCCUCACACCUGCUCAGGUGUGGGGCACUGCCACCUGUGCCCGUGGGCACCCCAGGGCACCCACUCCUCCACCGGGUCUGACCACUGCAAUUCUCUCCUCGCGCCCACGGGCAUCGGCCCACGCCCUUCUCGGGUCCCGGCCCCUCUUUUCCACCACGUAGCCUUUCCUGGGCCGCACCAAAGACCCCGCCAUUGGGGCCAGCAGAGUGAGGGAGUCUCACUCGCCCCCGCCCAGCCCUCCCCUGGGAGGGGAGCGGGAACCCUCUUCACAGAUCACACUCUUCACCCAGUGAAUGAGGGCGGUCUCAGCCGAGUCCCGUUGGCACUGAAUCGCAUGACGCGGCGGGCGCCGCUUGCCACUGCACCCUGGGCUUCGUGAGACCACACGAGACGGGGGAUCGUGGGCAAGGAGGAUUCGGGGGAAGGGGAGGGGCGAGGACUAUUUGUAUAAAAGGCAAAAACAAAACAAAAAAGUUUACCAGUUGGGGAGGGGCAAUAUUUAUUUGUUGUAAAUAGCAAAUGCUAGACUUGAAUAUUCUAUUAAAAUUCAGUUUCUACUAUA